AAACCCAGGAAGCCUUAUUAGAGGUCCUGCAGGUGGACAAGCGAGAGUAGAGGAUGAUGGGUCCUUGUUGUUAAAGAAUGUCACCAUGGAAGACUCAGGAACCUACACCUUAAUGGUCCUACUACAACGCUGCCAAAAAAUGAUAGCAUGUGGACGGCUUACUGUAUACCCGCCUGUGAGUGUGCCCACCCUUCGAGCCAGCAAAACCCCAGUCAUAGAGAAUAUGGAGCCUGUGGUCCUGACCUGUGACACAAACGGUGAAAACAUCGAGUGGUUUUUCAAUGGUGUAAGUCUGCAGCUCACGGAGAGAAGGAAGAUGUCACAUGACAUGAGAACCCUCACCAUAGACCCUGUCCUGAGAUGGGAUUCUGGUGUUUACCGCUGUAAAGUCUCCAACCCCAGAAGUUCUGGCACAAGUGCUUCGCUUAUGCUGAAUGUGAAAGUUUGGUGACUCUUUUCCCUCUUCUAUGUUGUUAAACCCUAAAUAAAGUAGUUUUUUGCAAUAUCAUAAUUGAUUCUUUCUGAGGGUGAAUAGUUCUUAAAGAUUUGCAUUGAUUCAAUAAACAGUAGAAAAAUGU